CUCAUCGUUCGUCCCGAAGCUGCUGAAGGAGCAAGUGGAUCAUCAAGAAGUUCGACUAGCACCCCUGAAGCCGCUGCUGCUAAUCAAGAAGAUCUUUCCCCUUGCGAGUCGGCUACUACAAAAAGGCGACGCACUCGCACAAAUUUCUCCGGAUGGCAACUUGAAGAGCUAGAAAGCGCUUUUGAGGCAAGUCACUACCCAGAUGUGUUCAUGCGAGAAGCCUUGGCAUUGAGACUGGAUCUUCUGGAGAGCAGAGUGCAGGUAGAAAAAUUACUAAUCGGAUACUUGCCAAUGGCUACAAUUCCAAAAUAUUAUAAUUUCUUUAACUGA